AUGGCGGAGAAAGGAGUAGUUACUUCAAAAAGGUAAAGUCUGAUAUGUUCUGAACGUUUAAUAACUUAUUUAAGCGAACCGUAAUAUUAUUUUAAAAUAAUCUAACCAAUAGGCCAUGUUUCGAGUAAUUUAGAACGCCUUUUAACGUUAUUUCGUUUCAAACUAUACAAGAAUGUUGUACUAUAGUCUAUAUAUAAAAUACUACAACAGAACAUGUUGGAUUUUAAUCGUGAAAUUAUGAUCGCUUUCUUAGUUAUAGUUUAGUUCACUUUUACUGAUGUUUCGUUUUAUAGUUUCACAUCUAUUAUUUAUGUUUUAAAACACCGUUAUAGUCCUGAUUUUAAUUUUUGUGAAGCAGUACUCCAGCAGGGAAUUUUGACAUGACUGGUAAUGCAUGCCUAUCAAUGUUAUCAAACAUUAAAUUAAAGUUUCAUCAAAUGCGCUACCAUGGGGCAGCAAAUGUCAAUGGCGAUCAAAUUCCCCCUAUUUAAUAUAACACGAGACAUUUGUCAAGCAUUUGGUAGAGUUUAAUUAAACAACUGCAGUGUAGAUUUGAUUUGGUACCCAAUACAUGGUUGAACUCCAUUCCAGCAGCUUAAUAAUGUUGACAGGUGAUUAAUACCAUGUUUUUGUUCAAAAUUAAUAUAGCAAAAAGCCCAUGAUUUGGACAGAGCAACACAAUGAAAUGCUCAUUCGGGAGAUGUUUUUAUUCGAGCCCUGGAAGUAUAGGAAGGGAUCACCACAACGAGGAAAUGUUUGGGAACAGAUCAGUGCUUCUUUGAACGAUCUUGAUGAUCCUAAGUUUGAUGUAACACAAAAGUCUGUUAGGGAUCAUUAUAAUUUACUGGAAAAGCAACAAAAGAAAAGAUUGAGGGAUGAAGAAAAGGCUUCUGGCAUUUCACCAGAUCAGAGUGAAUUUGAAGAUGCUAUGGAAGACAUCAUUGAGCGCUUCAUGGGCAAGGAUGAAGAAGACCAGAAAAAAGAUUCUGAAAAGAAAGAAAAAUGUGAGGCUGAUGCAUCAAAAAUACUGGAAAUGAGGCAGUCUGCUAUGGAAUCACUAGCUGAAAGUAAAAAACGAAAGGGAGGAGAUCAAGGGGAAAAACGCAAGAGAAAGAUGUCCAAUGGAUCAGAUACGACUGCCUAUUUACAACAGAGAUAUCAAAUGGACAGUGAGUUAAAAAGAGAGGAGCUAAAAUUGAAACAGGAAGAAUUGAAUGAAAGAAAAGCACAGCAGGAUUCCUUCAUCACUCAACAAGGAGCUUUAACUAAUGUAUUAAAAGAUACAAUUUCAGCUCAACAGAGACAACAAGAACAGUUGAUCCAACAGAUGCAAGUGCAGAAUGCUGCACUCAUAGCACUUAUGCAGAACAUUGCUAACAAGAAUUAG